AUGUCAAUAUCUUCUGCAGAAGAUAGAAGGUCAUUUGACCCUUCUCUCUUUGGUUCCAAACCUGAUUUUUUAAUAAGAACAACAAACACAAACUAUGUUGAGCUGCUUCUAGCAGAAAUUAAACCUACAAAAGUUUCUAUUAAAUUAUUUAGCAAUGAUUUAGUUAAGUUAGGAAAAGAGAUGAAAUCAUCAAUUGACAAAAUCAUUGAUGAGGGUUUGUUGGAUGUAUCUGUUUAUGGUAUACAUGGUGCUGGAGAAAUAUGUAAAUGUUAUAUAAUGGAUCUAAAAAGUGAAGGAAUUUAUAGAAUGAUGGUUUUAGGCAAAUUCAUAAUACCAAGAGACCCAACAUCAUGGGCAACUGUGAUUAACUGUUUCCAGAUCCUGAUAACAUUAAAGGGGCUUGUUUAUGAAUCAGCCAACAAUUAUUAUGACACUUCCAGGCGAAUUUUAUAUGAAAAUAGUGAAAAGACAACAUAUCAACAAAAAUUCAAAAGACAUGGUUUUCAUUCUCCACUCAAAUUAAUGGUUAAUG